UGUAAACGUCACGGGGCGGAGCUUCGGGUGGCGGGAAGAGCGGGCGCCGGGAUGGAGGUGCAGGAGAUCGGCUGCGGCGCGGCCGAGAGUGGGGCGCAGGAGCCCUCGGCUGUCCCCAGCAGGACCGCGGGCGGCGCCGGCCACUACGAGCUGCCGUGGGUUGAAAAAUACAGACCUGUGAAGCUCCAUGAAAUAGUUGGCAAUGAAGACACAGUGAGCAGGCUGGAGGUCUUUGCAAAGGAAGGCAAUGUGCCCAAUAUCAUCAUUGCGGGUCCCCCAGGAACCGGCAAAACGACCAGCAUCCUCUGCUUGGCGAGAGCACUGCUGGGCCCUGCCCUGAAGGAUGCGGUUCUGGAACUCAAUGCGUCCAAUGACAGGGGCAUUGAUGUGGUGAGGAAUAAAAUCAAAAUGUUCGCCCAGCAGAAAGUCACCCUUCCCAAGGGCCGGCACAAGAUCAUCAUUCUGGAUGAAGCAGACAGCAUGACGGACGGUGCCCAGCAGGCCCUCAGGAGGACCAUGGAAAUCUACUCCAAGACAACCCGCUUCGCUCUGGCUUGUAAUGCUUCAGACAAAAUCAUAGAGCCCAUCCAGUCCCGGUGUGCAGUGCUCCGCUACACGAAGCUCACUGAUGCUCAAGUCCUCACCAGGCUCAUGAAUGUCAUCGAGAAGGAAAAAGUGCCAUACACAGAUGAUGGCCUGGAAGCCAUUAUCUUCACAGCCCAAGGGGACAUGCGCCAGGCCCUGAACAACUUGCAGUCCACCUUCUCAGGAUUCGGCUAUAUCAACAGCGAGAACGUCUUCAAGGUUCCAGGGCUGGGAGAGGUUGGGAGGAUUCUUGCUCACCUCUGGCACCUGGGCUACUCACCAGAAGACGUCAUCGGCAACAUCUUCCGAGUGUGUAAAACCUUCCCCAUGGCCGAAUACCUGAAGCUGGAGUUCAUCAAGGAGAUUGGAUACACUCACAUGAAAGUGGCGGAAGGUGUGAACUCCUUGCUGCAGAUGGCUGGGCUCCUGGCCAGGCUGUGUCAGAAGACCAUGGCUCCGGUGGCCAGUUGAGAUGGCCUCCAGUGAUGAAACUAGGAGGGUCCUUGUCACCGAGACACCGAUGGCCCAGCUUUCCAGUCGUGGGGAGAUGUGCCCAAGACAUUGUUAGAACAUUCUCGCUUUGGUUUUUGUUCUGGGAGAACAGGACUGACCUUGAACUGCUGACCCUGCUCUGCCUCCUGAGUGCUGGGGUUACAGGUGUGCCACCACGCCUGGUUUGUGCAGUGCUUGGGGUGGGACCCAGGGCUUGUGCCUGUCAGGCGAGCAGUCUGCCAGCUGGCCGACAACCUCGCCCCUGGCUGAGUCUGGAGGGUUCCAUGCUGCUCUUCUGCUCUUCGUUUCUGAAUUCAGCUUCAGAGCCUGGAUAUGGAGCAUGGUGGGAAGGCCCCGACCUCCUCAGACUUGGGGUUGUAGCUGAUAAAGCCUUAGGGUGUUGUUCUUGCAAUGCUUAAAGCAUCGUCUUGCUUCUGCCUGUUGGACCUGUGGCCAGUGAGUGCAGCAGAUGAAGGUCUGGCCACACACCUCACCACUGGAGUGCCAUCUCCAGAACCCACAAGAAGGUGGAAGAAGAACUGACUCCACAAAGGGGUUCCCCGGGCAUCUAGGCGUGGUGGCACACCUCUCUAAUCCCAGCGCUUGGGAGGCAGAGGCAGGAGGAUUUCUGAAGUCAAGGCCAGCUUGGUCUACAUAGUUCUGGGACAGCCAGAACUGCAGUACCUGAGGAGACCAGGAGAGGACAAUGGAUCCCUUGGAGCUGGAUUUGCAGAUAGUUUUGAACCUAGGACCUCUGCAGGAACAGCCAGAACUGCCUAGCCAUCUCUCCAGUCCACAGACCUAAUGCCAAGCACUCAGGCUAAGUUCGGAGCUAGGCCCUGUUACAGUGAGCCCAGGCCAGCCUGGGCAAUGAGACCCUCUUGUGUCAGUCUGACCGUUGGGUCCUGGGUGUUCCUUCUAAUAUACUAACGUGUCGUUUCUUUUCCAA